ACCCCCGCAGCCCUCUUCUCCCCGCGCAGCCGCUCACUUCGGCCGCGCCCCCUUCCCUCUCCAAAACGACGUCUCGGCACCAACUUUGGGGAAAAGUUUUUCGCCCGACUUUCCGUCGUUCCUCCUCGGCCCGUACCGUCCCGAUGCUCUCCCAGUACGGGCACCGCGCUUUGGGCGCGCUGAUGCUCUUGGGCACCGCCUCGGGCUUGGUGGCCGUGCUGGCCUCGAUGCUGCUCUUCCAGAUCCAAGGAGGCGCCGUCGGCAACCGCGACCUGACCCAGCGGCUCCGGGCGCUGCUGCGGCCCAUCUCGGCCGGCCUGGCCUCGCUCGGCUUGGUGCUCAGCCUGAGCUGCCUGCUGCUGAGCCUCCUGCACGGCUACUGCGGCGCCGAGCGAUGCGCGGCCUCCGGGGGCGGGCUGGGCAGCGAGAGAGGUGACUGGUUCCUGCUGGAGAGCCGAAAAGUGAGACAUGUAGCUGUGGGUGUGUUUUGCUGCGCUGUUUUAGCCUACCUAGCAGCCCUCUCGAUCUACGUGAUGAUGGCAUUUGAGAGAGAAACGGGAAUUACCUGUGUUUGUAUCUUCUCCUCUGGGAUCAUCGUCUUGAUCAUUACGGUGAUCCACGUGCUCGUCCGGGCUUCCAAAGCCACGCAACAUAGCCCAGGAGAAUUGUCACACAAUCUUUACGAGAACGGCUCAGCCCAGAGCGGCGAAACACCAGCCGUUCAUCCUAGUGAUGCUCCAAAGGUGGCUUCUUCACGGUCACAUCUGGAAAUCCACCCAGAGGUUUCGUACCUGUCCUACGUGGAGCAGAAGUCCCACCAGACCAUCCCAGCGAGCAGCACCAAUGUCACCUCCGUGGACAGUGUUGUACCAACCCUGGAGAAAGAGGGCUGUAGCAUCCCCAGAAUGCACCAGACACUUUCGGCAGAGUCCGGCCUUCUGCUGAGCCACGGGGUGAGGCAGGAAAUGAGGAAAGUCCUAUCUCGCAAACCGAAGGGAUCAGGCAAAGGUUCAACCUUGGUGUAAGGACCCACCCCACUUUGCAUCUUUAAGAAGACAGAACUCUUGGAAUAGUUCUUCCAACAGGCAUCCUUUAUUAAGAGAAAAUGGUUGCAGGCGUUCUAGACAGGACUUGGGGUCCAAGCUCUCCCAUUCAAGGUUUUAAGGGGUUCCCCAGUAGCCCACCUAAUCACCCCCUUUUUCCAGCGACAGUCUUAGGCAUUACACUCACACCCCCUUUUCCUUACUACCGGCUGGAUGGAGACUUCAGAGGGGAGUACAUGAAAGGUAAUAGCCCCAUUGUUAUGGUUAGUCCUUUUGGUGAUAUCCACAUUCAGUCCCUUUGAAGUGUACCA